AAACCUCACCGAAGCGUAUGUGUCAUCCACAUAUAUAGCAGAAGAUAACGUUGUAUUUGUCUUAUGGGCGACGAGGAAGCACGAACCAAUUUACCACAGCUAGCUAAAAAUCUCUUCUUUGUAUAUACAUGUACAGAUAGUUGUAGAUAUACUACACACAUGAAUACACAUUUGUAGGGUAUAAGUCCUCCGUCCAUGGCGUCUUUGCCUUUUCUGGUUGUUCGCAGCACUCUCAAGCUCGAACCAGAAAUCCGGAAACAAACGCUUCCUCUUUCCAUUGAAAAGAGAGGUCAAAUUGCCGGCCAACCCGGUAAAGAGUUCGACCCGAUAGGUUUGGAAUCCAGACUAGCACCUUCAGUGGCAACUAGGGAAGGAUUUACAGUUGAUGCAUCAAUAUAUGUGCCACUCUUGCAAGAAUGCAUAGAAAAAGCUUCGGUUUCAGAAGCUGAAAUCGUACAUGGCCACAUUGUGAAGACCGGUAGAGAUGAAGAUCUGUUUUUGAUGACGUUUCUGGUUAAUGUCUAUGGGAGGUGUAAGGCUAUGGAAAACGCCCGCAAGGUGUUCGAAAAAUUGCCACAGAGGAACGUUGUGACGUGGACGUCCCUGAUGAUGGGUUAUGUUCACAACUCCCAGCCGGAGAUCGCCAUCCGGGUUUUCAUAGAAAUGUUGGAAGUUGGUGCUUAUCCGACGAAUUAUACUCUUGGAGUUGUUUUAAACGCUUGUUCUUCCACCUUUGGUGUUGAGUUGGGGAAGCAAAUUCAUUCCUACAUUAUAAAAUACCAUAUUGAAUAUGACACGAGUAUUGGGAAUGCGCUUUGUAGUUUGUAUUCCAAAUGUGGCAACUUGAGUGCUGCAGUUAAAUCGUUUUGGAGAAUUGAGGAAAAAAAUGUGAUUUCAUGGACCACAGUUAUAUCUGCUUGUGGGGAUAAUGGGGAUUCCGCAAUGGGAUUGAACUUUUUCAGUGGGAUGCUGUGUGAAGGAAUAAAACCGAAUGAGUUCACGUUGACUAGUGCCUUGAGUUUGUGUUGUGUAAUGCUGGCUUUGGACGUAGGGUUGCAAGUUCACUCACUGAGCAUUAAACUUGGGUAUGAAAGUAACCUACCUGUAACAAAUUCCAUUAUGUACUUGUAUUUGAAAUGUGGAUGUGUUCGUGAAGCAAAGAAACUUUGUGAUAGAAUGGAGACAGUCAGCUUGGUAACUUGGAAUGCUAUGAUUGCAGGACAUGCCCAAAUGAUGGAUCUUGGAGAGGAUAGUCUUUUUGCGUAUCAUUGUGGAGUUGAGGCACUUAACAUUUUUCUAAGAUUGCAUAGGUCAGGCAUAAAACCUGAUCUUUUCACCUUCUCAAGCACGUUAACCGUGUGCAGCAGCCUGCUGGCUUUGCAACAAGGAGAACAAAUUCAUGCUCAAACUAUUAAGACGGGCUCUCUGUCUGAAGUGGUUGUGGGAACUGCGCUUGUUAACAUGUAUAAUAAAUGUGGAAGCAUUGAGAGAGCAAGCAAAGCUUUUGUAGAGAUGCCUACAAGAACUUUGAUAUCUUGGACUUCCAUGAUUACGGGAUUUGCACAACACGGCCGCUCACAACAGGCAUUGCAGCUCUUUGAGGAUAUGAGGUUUGUAGGGAUCAAGCCAAACGCAGUCACCUUUGUAGGAGUACUUUCAGCUUGCAGCCAUGCUGGAAUGGUUGAUGAGGCAUUGUUUUAUUUUGAGACGAUGAAGACUAGGUACAAAAUCAAGCCUGUGAUGGACCAUUUUGCAUGCCUGAUUGACAUGUUUGUGAGGCUAGGUCGUCUAGAUGAAGCUUUUGAUAUUAUCAAGAGGAUGGAAUUUGAGCCCAGCGAAUUCAUAUGGUCAAUGUUGAUUGCAGGAUGUAGAAGUCACCGGAAUUUAGAGUUAGGCUUCUAUGCUGCUGAAGAGUUACUCAAACUGACCCCAAGAAAUUCUGAGACUUAUGUCUUGCUGUUGAACAUGUACCUGUCAGCAGAGAGAUGGAAGGAUGUUUCAAGGGUGAGAAAACUGAUGAGAGAAGAGAAAAUUGGGAAAUUAAAGGACUGGAGUUGGAUUAGUCUUAAGGACAAGGUUUAUUCAUUCAAGCCUAAUGAUCUGUCCCGCCCUCAAUAUGAAAGGGUCGAUCAGUUACUGGGGGAGUUGCUUGAGAAAGCAAGGGGUAACGGGUACGAGUCACAAGGAGGUCUAGAUGUAACCGAUGAGGUUUCCUCAUCCGGCUCUGUUCAUCACAGCGAAAAGUUGGCUGUUGCUUUUGGACUGUUGAACGCCCCAGCUGCAAUGCCAAUACGUGUUGCUAAGAACAUUAGCAUGUGUCAAGAUUGUCAUAGUUUCAUGAAAUUCAUCUCGGCUCUGACUGCACGCCAAAUCAUUGUCAGAGACAGUAAGCGGCUGCACAGAUUCAUGGGCGGGCGUUGUUCAUGCGGGGAUUUUGGCAGUCUCCUUUAGCAGCCUCUCCUCAAACCCAGUGGAUCAGUGCCGUGGGCUGGUUGUUCUGUUGAUUAAUGUCAGGCUUAGGUGGUUGUAAGAGAGAACUCGCCACUUUCCUCUCCUGCACUGUACCUAUUUUUUCAGCGAUUGGAAAUCCUCUACUUCUCUCUCCCCACUGAAGAGUGAAUUGUCAGUCAAGGUUGUGUGACAGGUAUUGUAGAUAUUCAGUUUAAGUGAAACUUUGGGGCAUUUAAAUAAAUAUAGUGAUGGAGCCAAGUUAAAACAGAGCUUUAGAUUCUGCAUAUUUGGGUGAGGGUUUCCUUUGGAAGGAAUAUAGAAAACAAUAAAGACAAUUCUUAAAGAUGGUUUUCAUAUGAAAUUGCCCUUAAUCCUUGUGAUUAUUGUUGUUGUCGUUGUUGCUGUGCGUUCAAACUUCUUUUUCCAUCUCAGGAGGCAGAUUUAACACCAUAGAAAUCGCUACCAAUUACCGCAACAGCCUGGGGUUUGGGUUUUUUCUUCAACGAGAUUGGAGUGGAACGGAAGGAAAAUGCUCUUCUUACACAAUUUUCAUACAAAUUGGACUCUUCCAUAGCAUCACCAAUGUGAUCUUAGAACUUUAUGUAUUUAAGAAAAAUGGAGUCAAAUGAGAGAAAACAUGUUAAAUUAUAUGUCCCAAUUGUAAGAAACAGUUCG